AUGAAGGGCACCGUCGCAAUUGAAGAAGCGAUCAUAGAUCCCGCGGGCAUCAAGGCACACACCUUUGCGCAGUUUCAAAGUCUUAUGACACCAGGCAGCGACCCGACUUCCGGUCUUUCGGCACACGAGCAACAUCUUCUCGACAUUCAUGGCGAGCGUCUCAAGAAUAUGGACAAGCACGGCGUCGAGUACAUGCUACUAUCUUUGACCUCACCGGGCGCGCAAGGAGAAGCUGAUCCUGACAAAGCCAAACAUAUGGCUCAAGUGGCUAAUGACUACCUUGCUGGAGAGGUCAAGAAGAAUCCUAAGAGGUUUGGAGCACUUGCUGCAUUGUCCAUGCACAACGCACAAGAUGCCAUAGAUGAGCUGAGACGUGCAGUCAAAGAACUGGGAAUGUUUGGUGGCCUGAUCAACGAUUUCCAGUCGAAAGGUGUAGAGGCAAAAGAGAAGGUAUAUUUUGACACUCCUGAGUAUGAAUCGUUCUGGCAGGCUGUUGAAGAACUCGACGUGCCCAUCUACUUCCAUCCCCGUUACGCCAUUCCGCAGGAUCUCCAGUCAGGCACAAAGUAUGGCGAUAGGAAACAUCUGCUCGGAGCAGGAGUUCAGUUUCAUCUGGAUCUAAGCUGGCACUUGUAUGCGCUUUGCUCAUCAGGCAUCUUUGAUCGGUAUCCCAAGGUGCAGAUUGUUGCUGGGCACUUGGGUGAAGGCGUCCCGUUCAAUCUCUGGAGAGCGAGCCAUUGGAUAGAUCAUCCUUUCAAGCGUAAUGCGCGGCCCAUGAAGCACAAUUAUUCGUACUAUUGGACCCACAAUGUCUCGAUAUCCACAUCUGGAAAUUACAACACUCGAGGACUUAAGUUUUGCAUCGAAGAACUCGGCCUAGAUCGGUGCAUGUAUGCGAUUGAUACACCUUAUGAUACAGUGGAGGAGGCCCAGAAUUGGUGGAAGUCAGUUGAUUUACCUAGUGAUCAAAAGGAGGCGGUUGCGAGAACCAAUGCAAUCCGGUUGUUCAAACUGCCUCUUGAAGUGUAA